CUCCUCUCGCCCCGGGGCUUCUUUUCUCAGCAAAAAGUUCCGCUUCCCGGAGCAGAGCGACGCCGUCCGCGCUCGGCGACGAUGGGCUUUUGGGCGAUGGCUCCGGAGGGCGAGCGACUCUUCUCCUGGGCGCUCGCUCUGCUCGCCGCGCUCGCCACGCUGCUGGCCGUCUUGUUCGCCCGCUUGCUGCUCGACCAGUACUGGAAAUACAGGGAGCUGAAGCACAUCCCGGGGUUCAGUCCCUGGUACCCGCUGCUGGGCAACGCGCUGCUCCUUGACCGCGAUCGGAAAGGUUCCUUUUCUCAGCUGAUGCAUGGCACUGAAUUGUUGCGGAAUAUCCCACUGUUACUCCUUUGGGUAGGACCAUUGCCCUUUCUAGUGUUAUAUCAUCCAGAUACUGUAGAGGUUGUAUUGAGUAGCUCUAAGCAUAUUACAAAAUCCUAUCCCUACAAGUUUUUGCAUCCUUGGCUGGGCACAGGACUUCUAACAAGCACUGGAGGCAAAUGGCGGUCCCGAAGGAAAAUGUUAACGCCCACCUUCCAUUUCACCAUCUUAGACGAUUUCCUUGAAGUGAUGAAUGAACAAGCCAAUAUCCUUGUUCAGAAACUUGAAAAGCAUGUGGACAAGGAGCCAUUUGAUUGUUUUUUAUACAUCACAUUGUGUACCCUUGAUGUAAUUUGUGAAACAGCUAUGGGCAAGAACAUAGGAGCACAACAGAAUAAGGAUUCCGAGUAUGUCCAAGCUGUCUACAGGAUGAGUGAUCUGAUUCAUAAAAGACAGAGGUCUCCUUGGUUCUGGUCUGACCUUUUGUAUCUCAUGUUCCGACAAGGAAGAGAACAUUACAGGACCCUGAAGAUACUCCAUAACUUUACUGAUAAUGUUAUUGCAGAAAAAGCUCAUGAACUAAAAAUUCAAGAGCAGCAUAAAAGUGAGGUUGUUGGCAACGGCAAGCAAAGCAAGCGCAAAGUCAGGAGAGCUUUCCUUGAUAUGCUUCUGAAUGCCACAGAUGAUGAUGGGAAGAAGUUGAGCUACCUGGACAUUCGAGAGGAAGUGGAUACAUUCAUGUUUGAGGGUCAUGAUACUACCACUGCUGCCAUGAACUGGUGUAUUUACUUGCUUGCAAGUCAUCCAGAAGCCCAAAGGAAGGUUCACCAUGAAUUAGAUGAAAUUUUUGGGGACUCUGAUCGUCAUGUCACAAUGGACGACAUGAAGCAACUACGAUAUCUGGAUUGUGUUAUUAAAGAAGCUCUUCGCCUUUAUCCUUCUGUUCCACUUUUUGCUCGCAAACUGAGUGAAGAAUGUUAUAUUAGAGGAUUCAGGAUACCAAAGGGGGUAGAUGCCCUAAUUCUGCCUUUUGCACUGCACAGAGACCCUGAUGUCUUCCCAGAGCCUGAGGAAUUCAGACCCGAGCGAUUCUCCCCUGAGAAAGCAGCUGGACGGCACCCAUAUGCAUACGUCCCUUUCUCUGCUGGGCCAAGGAACUGUAUAGGUCAGCGCUUUGCACAGAUGGAAGAAAAGACUAUUUUGGCCACCAUCCUACGGCGCUUCUGUGUUGAAAGUGCACAGCGACGUGAUCAACUUGACCCUGUAGGAGAAUUGAUUCUUCGUCCAGAUAAAGGCAUCUGGAUUCAGUUGAAAAGGAGAUCGUCUUCUGGCUCUUAAAAUAAGAAACCUCAGGGAAAUUCCUUACCACCUUGCAUUAGAACUGUUUCAGACUGCCCAACCCUUCCUGGAGUUCAUUUUUUAACCAAGAUUAUGUUGUUGCUUAUUACAAGCCAAUGGCUGCAUUUUAGAAGCGGAUGAUUGUUCAAAUGAUGGGUUAUUCCAAUUGUCUUUGCAAUUCGUAGGCUUCAGCCUAGGUUGCCACUAACUGACUUUCCAUAAUCCUAAAGAAGAUGAGCAAUAUGCUUAUUCCCCCGCCAAAAAAACCCCUCAUUUAUUUCAAUAUUUAAAGACCUUAAAUAUAUGAGAAAAAAUAGACCUAUGUUUUGUAACCAU